UUCAAAAUAGGCGGAAGAUACAGAAAGGGUGUUCGCCUAGCCGGUGAGGAUGGCGUGUUUUCGUGUGUUACCGUUCUAAAGUAAACGCGUUUUGCUAUAUCUAAACAAAACAAAAGCACUCAGAAGUCGCAGCCAUGUCCCCUGAACUGGAACAGAGCUCCAGGAAUUUGCUCGUAUGCGAAAAGUCAAGCUUCAUAAAUGAGAAAGCGCGAUAUGACACCCACGUGUCGAAACACUUCUUCAACUACAAGGUGUCUAUUGUAAUCCCCGAAUGUGCUUCCUUGCCUGCGAGCAUUGGCGGAGUCAUUAACAGUUUCAACUCCCAUUACCGUGUUCGUGAUCUACCACUUUAUAAACUUCUUGAGGAAAAUAUUAUUGAGAAAGUCGUGAAAAAAGGUCAUUUUUAUGCGCUUUCUUACAAUACCAGAAUUGAUGAGGAUAACACCAUAGCAUUUCUUCCAACUGGGCAGUUGAUUCUGUCUGUCGAUAAGGAUACCUAUGAGCAGCUGGGUUUGGAGGGAAAACCAUCCCAGUAUAAACAUAGAAAGGUGCUGAGAUAUGUUGUGACUGUAGACUUGACAGACAAGUUAAUGAGUCCAGGUGCAAAGGGCCACCAGCGGCUGAUGACCAGUCUGAAGGAAUGGGUGCCAAUGAAGUGUGACUUGUUGAUCUCCUGCAAAAUGACAGCUGCUGACGGGGAUGGUGGGGCGUUGCGGACUCUCCUGUCCCAGUACAGCUUUGAGGAGUGCAGGCCUGCGCUGCAGACAUGGACCCUGAAGGAGACGCCCUGCCCCUCUCUCCUCUCCUCUGACCUGCAUGGAGAGAAGUCAUGUGACCCACAUCACUUCCUGGAGUGGCUGGGGGCAGUCAGUAUGGACAUCAGUUGUGACAAUGAGGCAUCCAGUUUUCUUUCAACAUAUAUCUGUCCUGAGCCACAGAGCAUCAUGAAUCAAGGGAUACUCUGCUCCAUCACUGGGUUCCUGACUCCUGAAGACAUAUACUCACUGCUACUAGAGCUCAGGCGUUAUUUUGAUGAGCCCAAGUUUGCCUCUUGGCUGUCCAUGACUGUGUAUGGCUUUAUGGACAGUCCAGUCUCCUGGGGAACCACAGAACAUGGGUUCCUGAAGGGUGGGGAAAACUUCUACAACUUUGUUUGCUUCAGGAACCAGGACUAUUGGUUGCACAUGGCCACAGGCUCACAUGAUGGCUGCCCACCCUAGAACCAUUGAGAGAAAGUGGACAUUUGGCAAAUCUGGAACCAACAUUUCCACACAUUCUGCUACACAAAUAAAACAUAGUAAGCAUGAUAGGUGAAAUAAGUUUAUUUUGACAGUUGUAUAUAUCUUAUGAAUCUA